UACCGCAUUCUGAGCUAAAGCGCUGUAACCCAACUACAUUUUCUCUCCUCGCAUGUUUGUUUUGUGUAUUUUUCAGAAAGCCCGAGUGAGAUAUGCUUAGCUCCAAAAAAAGAUUCCAUCGCUUAAUAGCUGUCAUUUUGGGCUGACCGACGCUAGUGCUCGUAUACAGACUGUAUAUGAAAACAAAAAUGCUUCAAUAUAUCCGCCAACGACACAGAAGGGAAGACAUGGAUUAUCUGGAUUCGUUUGGUCGUGGUGCAAAUAAUGAGAAGCGCUUGAGGGAAAACAGAAAACCGUGGAUAAAAGACUACGAUCAAAGCUUAAAAAACCUGUGGGAAGUCCCUAUUACAUAACACUGGAGCCCAUGCCAUUGUACAGACAUACAAAGUAGUAUAAAACCUUUCAAAAUGCAGAAAGCCACUUAUUAUGAUAACUCUGGACUUUUUGGAGGCUACUCAUACUCAAAGUCAGACUCUUAUGCAUAUGGGCCCGCCCAUCAGUCCUACCCCACAUCCAGCAUAGAAAAUGACUAUCAGGGUCCCAUCUGUUCAGUACAAUCUACAACGGUCCGGCCGCCGGUGCACAAAAACAGCGACAUCAGUGGCAGCUGUAUGCGACCAAAUGGUAGCCAAGGCAGCCAACCAGAGAGUGUUGUUGACCAACAACAAGCGCCUCCUUUAGCACCCACCUCACCCAACUCAAGCAGCACCACCACCACCCAGAAAAAGAAAUCUCCCAACAACAAUGGCUCCAACACUGCCACCUCAGUCAUCACCAAGCAAAUAUUUCCAUGGAUGAAGGAGACGCGUCAGAACUCAAAGCAGAAAAGUACCAACUGCACAACUCCAGGAGAGACCUGCGAUGACAAAAGCCCACCAGGCCCGGCCUCCAAGCGGGUGCGCACUGCUUACACCAGCGCCCAGCUCGUGGAGCUUGAGAAAGAAUUCCACUUUAAUCGCUAUUUAUGCCGACCACGAAGAGUCGAGAUGGCCAAUCUGCUCAAUCUCACCGAGCGCCAAAUAAAGAUCUGGUUUCAAAACAGGAGAAUGAAGUACAAAAAGGAUCAGAAAUCCAAGGGAAUAAUGCACUCUCCCUUAGGACAUUCUCCGGACAGAAGCCCGCCGCUAAGUGGGCCCAAUCACGUUGGAUAUUCUGGUCAGCUUCCAAAUGUAAACAGCCUGAACUAUGAUGCGCCGUCUCCUCCGUCCUUCGCCAAACCUCAGCAAAAUAUGUACGGCUUGGCUGCCUAUACGGCGCCGUUGGGCGGCUGUAUACCGCAGCAAAAAAGGUACCCGGGUGCAGAGUACGAGCACCACGGCAUGCAAGGGAACGGAAGUUUUGCCAAUGCUAAUUUACAAGGCAGUCCUGUGUAUGUUGGGGGAAAUUUUGUUGAUUCGAUGCCAGCUUCGGGCCCUAUGUUCAACCUUGGUCACCUUCCUCAUCCUUCAUCCGCCAGCGUGGACUACAGCUGUGCCGCUCAGAUUCCGGGCAACCACCAUCAUGGACCGUGUGACCCCCACCCCACAUACACAGACCUCAGCUCUCACCACGCGUCUCAGGGAAGGCUGCAGGAAGCGCCGAAACUUACUCAUUUGUAAGGAUUUCAAGUGCGUGUGCCCAAGCGAAGUGUCGCUUUUUAUUACCUCAUGAGUUAAAAGUAAUUUAUAUAACUACACUUCGAGAGAGACACAAUGUAUUACUCCUGUAUUAUUAUUGAUAGUACUAUUACUGCUAUGACUGUAACAAUUUUUAAGCUGUGGUCCAUAUCUCUUGACUGUUGAAGAUGCGACAGAGUGUUUGUUGUCAGUCAUUCAGAUCUUGAAAGAGGAGAACGUAAUAUGAAGGAAGUUUCAUAUCUUAUUACUUGAAGGUAAGUUCUGUAGAUUUUACAAUAAUAGGCUCCCAUCUUUAUAGGGAUGGAAUUUGUAGAAAAAAAAUCAUUGCCAUUGUUAAGUCGUCUGUUAGUAAUUGGUAAAUAUGAAUCAGUUCACACUAAAAGUGUCAUUAUUUAUUAUUUUCAUCUGAGAUUGUAUGGCAGACAUUUAUCACUAUUGUAUAUUUAUUAUUUAUGUCUUUUGUAACACAUUUAUUAUUAUUAUUAUUAUUAUUAUUAUUAUUAUUAUUAUUAUUAUUAUUAUUAUUAUUAUUUAUCUUUUCAUGUGGACUAUUUAUAUGGAGUAUAGUACAAGUUAUGCAAACUAAUUGGGAAUACUGCGUGCGGCAUUAUCACUUUUUUUUGUUUUGUUUUGUUAUUUGUUUGUUUGUUUUGCUGCAGCAGCUCGAAAAUGGACGGAUUUCUGUGUUGUUGUUUUCCAAAAGAAUAUCCGGCACAUUUUUUAUCGUCACAUUUUUGCCCUAAUCACUCAUAACAAAUUUUAUUUUGUGAGUGAACAGUAAAGUCCACAAAUUGACGAAACGAUAUGGAAAUGUUAUAUUUUAUUGUGUUAUAGAUUUUGUAAAUAAAGUGCUUAAACUG